UGCUACACAAACGGUUUUCUCCUGUUCGUUCAGUGGUUUUCCUGCUGGAGAAACCAAGGGAAGGCAACUACUACUUUUACUAAACUACUUUCAUCGACCACCACAACCUUCCCAGGCAGCGAUGGAAGAUUAUGUGAGAAUAGAGAAGAUUGGAGAAGGAACCUAUGGGGUGGUGUUCAAGGCCCGGCACAAGACCACCAAUCAGAUUGUGGCAAUGAAGAAGAUCCGUCUGGAGAGUGAGGAAGAGGGGGUUCCCAGCACUGCCGUGAGAGAAGUCUCCCUGCUUCAGGAGCUCAAGCAUCCAAAUGUUGUAAGACUCCUGGACGUCCUGAUGCAGGAGUCUCGUCUCUAUCUCAUUUUUGAAUUCCUGUCCAUGGACCUGAAAAAAUACCUGGACUCCAUUCCGUCUGGCCAGUACAUGGACCCUAUGUUGGUCAAGAGCUACCUCUACCAGAUCUUAGAGGGCAUAUACUUCUGUCAUUGUCGGCGGGUCCUCCACCGAGACCUGAAGCCCCAGAACCUUCUGGUUGACAACAAGGGUGUUAUCAAACUGGCAGACUUUGGACUGGCUCGGGCCUUUGGCGUUCCGGUCAGGGUCUACACCCAUGAGGUUGUAACCCUUUGGUACCGGGCCCCAGAGGUUCUCCUAGGUUCUCCGCGAUAUUCAACUCCGGUUGAUGUUUGGAGCACCGGCACCAUCUUUGCUGAGCUGGCCACCAAGAAGCCACUGUUCCACGGAGACUCUGAAAUAGACCAGCUGUUUCGAAUCUUCAGGACUCUGGGCACCCCAGACAAUGAGGUUUGGCCUGACGUAGAAAGUCUGCCCGACUACAAAAGCACUUUUCCAAAAUGGAAACCUGGCAACCUCGCAGCAAUGGUGACCAACCUGGAUGAGAACGGCCUGGACCUGUUGGCAAAAAUGUUGACCUACAAUCCGCCUAGAAGGAUCUCGGCACGUGCGGCCUUGUCUCACCCUUAUUUUAAUGACUUGAACAAAUCCAGCCUCCCUGCAGCCAAGAUCAGCAAAAGCUAAAAGUCUAUGUGAUGUCUUUCUAUGUGAUAUCUAUGUUCCCCGACUAUGCAUAACCACAAUGGAUAUGAAUGUUGUAAAUACUUGUGUGUGUUUGAGAUGCUGAUAGUCGUUCCUUUUCAAUAAAUGUCAUCCUUGUCACCUUCAA